UUUGUCAAUAUAAUGAGUAUGUAGGGAUCUGGUGUAUCUAUGACAGGAGUGCGUGCGACAAUUCCAACAAAGUCGUGUGUUACUACUACUUCAAAGGAAUCAAAUGGAUCAACAACAGCAAAUGGAUGCUCCAACAUUUAACAGUAAAUCAGUUGAAAAGAAACCUGGAAUUCUCAUUCUUGGAUCUCCCAAUGUUGGCAAACGUACCCUUCUUUCCCGACUACUUUCAGUAGAUUCUGAAGAUGCCUUCGAUUCAUCUUCUAACAUUCUAUCCUAUCCGUGGACAAUCAACACCAAGUAUUAUAAUGCUGAUGUUUCUGUUUGGAUGGCCCAUCUUCAUGAGGAUUUUUCCAUUGGAGCCCUGCCAGCAUACGAUCAGCUUGUUGCAUUGGUGAUGGUCUUUGACGUUAGUGAUCUCUCAUCUUUUGAUGCGCUGAAAGAUUUAGUCUCCCGCACGGACAUCCAUACGUUUGAGAUUUUGUUAUGCAUUGGAAACAAAGUGGACCUUCUUCCUGGUCAUUCAGCUCAUGUUGAAUAUAGACGGCACCUGUUGAAAAAAGCAGACUCGUCUGGCAGCCCUCUAUUGGAUUCUGGAAUUUCUGAAGCAGAAGGAAGCAGCUUAUUAGGAGAUGAUUCAUCAUCAUCAUCUGAUAUUAAGAAUUCCUACUUGGAUUGGUGCCUCGAACACAACAUAGAAUAUGUUGAAGCCUGUGGAUCAAAUGCUGAUUUUGACAAAUGUCUUUCUGUGGAUGGUGAUUCUCAGGGCGCCGAACGGCUCUUUGGAGCACUUUCAGCUUAUAUGUGGCCUGGAAUGAUCUUGAAGUCUGGUGAUAAGAUUACCGAGCCUUCAUUACCCGACCAACAAGAAUUGUCAGAUGAAGAAGAAUCUGAUUACGAACUUGAAUAUGAAAUCCUAUCUGCUGGCUCAGCUGAUCCGUGGGAUGACACGGAUAUAGGAUGGGUAUCUGCAAAUGCUCCCGAGGGAUCGGUUCCCAAUGGAAAGAGUGAAAUUGAGUUAAUUCGAGAUGAAAUGCAAGCUUCAUCAUCUACAUCUCAAUUGGAAGGAGAAAGUGACAGAAAAGAAAUGCCUAGAGGAGAUACAGCUGAUGGUGAUUCAGAGGAUGAUAAAGGAACAGCAUAUGACUUUGAGAAUUUGGAACAGUUAAUGUCUGAGAUUGGGAAUGUCCGAGACAGCUUAAGGUUAAUGCCGGACUUCCAAAGGAAGGAAAUGGCUGCAAAUUUGGCAAUGAAAAUGGCUGCCAUGUUUGGUGAUAGCAGUGGAGAUGAAGGAGGAUUUGAUUGAUAGAAGCCGCAUAAAGUUCACUGAUCACAUAUGCCCCUCAGUUUCACUUCUUGUGGAGCUGUUCAUAAACUAAAGGAAUCUGAUAAGCGCGUUGUGCAUUCAUGUUUAAGUGAGAUCGACGAGCUGUUUAUCAAAGAUAUCUGCUAUAAAAAAUCACUGCUUUAAUUUUGUGUGUUUAUGAUCCUAGCAGGUGAUUGGAAAGGGUAGAAAUGUUUUUAGCUUGUUCAGGCUUCUAUAGUAGUUUUUUAGAUUUUCCUACCAGUAGUGAUUUGUGUAGUAUUAGCAAGAUUAAUAUAUUAUGUUAUGAGAAUCAGCUGUGGCUUAAUUUGUUGAACUUCUGGUUAUGUUAUGAGAAUCAGCUAUGUUCUUUUGCUGA